AAGGGCUGAAGGGCAAGAUGGUAGUUUCACAAGAAGGAGUAUAAAAAGAAUGCGAUAGGGUUGGUUAGGGUAUGCAAAGUCUGUAGUAAUUUUAUAUGUCUUAAGGAGGCGUCCUCUUCCUCGAAUUGGGGUUAAUUGUAGUAGAAGUAGACCUAAAUAUUGUAGUAGUGAAGCUGAACUGUGUUAAUUACUAUUCAGUAGAGUGAACAAUCAUAUUUCCGUAGUAAUCUGUUCCAAAUUGGUAUCAGAGCGGUGACGAUGGGACCCCCUACGGCGGCACAGCGGGUUGAGAAUUUAGAGGAGCAGCUUCAGUCGCUUCAGAGCACUCUCCGAGAGACGGUGGCGGCAGAAGUAUCCGCCGCUAUUAAGGCUGGCAUGGCAGCCAUGGAGCAGUCCCUCACGGGGCGUUUCGUGAAAAGUUUUGAGGAAACAUUUCAACGACAGGAAGCCCAGAUCGAUGAAACCACCGCCCGACUGGAGGGCCGAAUUAAUCGUACACGAGAACAUCACGAAGCCCUCAUUGGUAUGUUGAAGGAUGACCAGGUCAAGUUCCAGGCUGAGAUGCGAGUGAAAAUGCGAGAUCUAAUCUCGAAACACACUCAGAUGCCCCACAGCUCAGCCGAACAGCCUCACCCUGGAGUUGUGUCGCAAUUCGAGCGAUUUGGGGACAUGGGCGAGAGUAGUCACCACGGUAAAGGAGUGGGGUUUGGAGAUGGUAGUCAUGGCGGAAGGGGUUCCGGGGGCGGCCCAGGCGUGGGGUCAAACUUCAGUGGGCAGAACACUAAUUGGCGAUUUAAGAAACUCGACAUGCCCCUGUUUGAUGGGGUCAACCCAGAUGGGUGGAUCUUACGGGCAGAGAGAUAUCAUCAGUUUUAUCGAUUAUCUGAGGAGGACAAGUUGGAGGCAGCCAUUGUAGCCCUCGAGGGUGAUGCUCUGUUGUGGUUUCAGUGGGAAAAUCGUUGGAGGCCGAUCCAAAAUUGGGAAGAAAUGAAAACAAUGGUUCGCCGCCAGUUUCGUUCCACUGCAACUGGGACACUCCAGGAACAGUGGUUAGCUCAUAAGCAGACUGGGAGUGUGGGGGACUAUCGGAGAAAGUUUAUUGAGCUUCUCGCCCCACUGGACAGGGUACCGGAGGAAAUCGCGAAGGGACAAUUCUUGAAUGGGUUGAAGGAUGAGGUGAGAGUGGAGGUCCGUUUGUUGGGACCUAAAAACCUGGACCAAGCAAUGGAUUUAGCUAUGAUGGUUGAAGAUAAGCUCCGUAUAGGCGGGCAGAAGCGAGACACCACUAGAGCAUGGGCCAUGGCAUCUAGUAAAAGCUCUUUCUCUCAAUUGGCCCCUUCACAGUCUUUUAAGACCACAAAUUCUACUUAUUCAACGGGCUCUGUCUCCCCAAGGGUUCCAGGUUCCUCAGGGGCAAGUAUAGGUGGGAGUGGCGAGGUUAGACGCCUCAGUGACAAAGAGCUCCAGCUUAAAAGAGAGAAAGGCCUUUGUUACAGGUGUGAUGAUAAAUGGUCACUGGGCCACCGCUAUAAGCGCAAGGAGUUAAGCGUGCUUUUGACAGCUGAUACAGAGGAUGAUGAAACGGACCAUGGCAUCCCGAGUCCUAGUUCGGAGGAGCCCAGCGAGGUUUGUCCCAACUCCCCCCAACCUGAAAUUUCAUUAAAUUCUGUCAUGGGCCUCACUAGUCCGCGUACCUUGAAACUCCGGGGUCAAAUUGGUAGUAGUGAGGUGGUAAUUAUGGUGGAUCCCGGGGCUACGCAUAAUUUCAUUUCGAAGGAGGCGGUUAACAAGUUGGGGAUCCCAGUACUUCCAUCUAAAGAUUUUGGGGUGUCAUUGGGGACAGGGGAUUCGGUACAAGGCUCUGGCCUCUGUAAAUCAGUGGUGGUCGAGGUGCAAGGGUUAGUCAUUGUGGAGGAUUUCCUGCCGUUAGAUUUGGGCAACUCUGAUGUAAUUUUGGGGAUACAAUGGUUGGAGAAACUAGGGACUAUGACUACAAACUGGAAAACUCAGACCAUUCGUUUUCAGUUGGGUGGAGAUUCAGUGACUUUACGAGGUGAUCCUUCUUUGGGCCGCAGUGGUAUUUCGUUAAAGGCCAUGAUCCAUAACCUCCGUAAAGAGAAGCAAGGUUACUUGGUGGAAUUUAAUUUUCUGGCCACGGGGGAAAUCAUGGGGGAGUCACAGGAGGUGGUGUGCCCGUCGUUUCUGCAAGCCACCUUAGUGCAGUAUAAGAGGAUUUUUGAUUGGCCGAAUGAGUUGCCUCCGAAACGCAGUCAUGACCACGCUAUUGUUUUGAAAGAAGGCACGGACCCAAUUAAUGUCCGCCCCUACCGUUACCCGCAAGUUCAGAAAAAUGAAAUUGAGAAACUAGUCAAUGAUAUGUUGAAGGCAGGCAUUAUUCAGCUGUCCAGUAGCCCCUUCUCGAGCCCGGUCCUGUUGGUUAAAAAGAAAGACGGAUCAUGGCGCUUUUGCGUCGAUUACAGAGCUCUAAACAAAGUUAUAGUGCCGGACAAAUUUCCCAUUCCGGUAAUUGACGAGCUUCUAGAUGAGCUGAAGGGCGCAGUGAUUUUUACAAAGUUGGACUUAAAGUCUGGGUACCAUCAGGUUCGUAUGCGUGAGGAAGACAUCCCUAAAACGGCGUUUCGUACGCACGAGGGACACUAUGAGUUUCGGGUUUUGCCCUUUGGCGUGACCAAUGGUCCAGCAACCUUCCAAGCUAUCAUGAAUGAUGUGUUUAGGCCGUUUCUACGGAAGUUUGUGCUUGUCUUUUUCGACGACAUUUUGAUCUACAGCCACAGUUCAGAGGAGCACAUUGAGCAUGUUGGGUCUGUGUUCCAGGUGCUGCAGCAGCAUCAGUUGUAUGUCAAUAAGAAGAAGUGUGUAUUUGGGCAAGAUAAGGUCGCUUAUUUGGGGCAUGUUAUCUCAGCAGCUGGGGUGUCCGUAGAUGAGGAGAAAAUUCACUCUAUGCAGGCAUGGCCCCUGCCGACUUCUCUCAAAGAGUUGAGGGGUUUUUUGGGUCUCACGGGGUAUUACCGAAAAUUCAUUCGGAACUACGCUCAUAUCGCAGCCCCCCUCACAGAUCAGUUAAAAAAGGACAAUUACCACUGGACUGACCAAGCUACUACGGCCUUCCAGACUCUCAAACGGGCAAUGAUGGAAGCCCCAAUCCUGGUCUUGCCUGAUUUUGAACAGCAGUUUGUCGUCGAAACCGAUGCUUCGGGGUUCGGUGUUGGGGCCGUUUUACUGCAGAACAAUCACCCAAUCGCCUAUUUCAGCAAGCUGUUGGGGCCCCGUAAUCGUUUGAAGUCGAUUUAUGAAAAGGAAUUGAUGGCGAUUGUGUUUGCGGUCCAAAAGUGGCGACACUACUUAAUGGGUAGGAAGUUUGUUGUGCGCACCGAUCAACAAAGCCUGCGGUUUCUGUUUGAACAGCGAGAAGUAGGGGGCGAAUAUCAACGCUGGGUUUUCAAAUUGAUGGGGUUCUCUUUUGAUAUUCACUACAAAUCCGGUGCCUCAAACCGGAUCGCUGAUGCUUUGUCACGAGAGUUUGUCGCCCAAACUGAAUUAGGAGCCCUUGUUACAGCGUGUGGAGUGAACUGGGUCACUCUUCUACCUCAAAUCCAGGCUGACCAAUUUAUUCAACAGCUGCAGAUGGAUAUUAAAGAGGGGCGGCCAGUUCCAAAGGGCUACUCUGUGGAUCAUGACAUUUUAAAGUAUAAAGGACGCAUUGUCAUCCCUGCCCAAUCCACUUUAGUGCAACAAUUGUUGGAGGAG